AUGCGGACCUCUCGUCUCUCUCGGGAGACUGCGCAUCUCGUGAAGGCGCUUUCGCCCAAGAAAGCAACAGCUGCAUUUAGACGAUCACUUCGUGGCUUUGCAGCAGAAACGACCAGCAAUGUCUCGGAUGCUGAGCUCUCAGAUCCACCUGCAAGUCCCGAGCUCGAUCGCGCAGCAACAAAUGGCAGUGUACGCAAACGGAAACGGGAUGAUUUAGCCCCAGAAGCAGCACCGACAUCCAUCGAAACUCGACGUUCGCCACGAAAGGCACCCAAGCUUGAGGAUGGCGUUGAAAAGAAGCCAAGAAGACAACCUGCGAAGAAGAUCAAGAACGAGAAUGGGGAGGUCGUUGGCGUCAGCCCUCCUACGAACUGGGAAGAGGUCUACAACAUCACUGCCGAGAUGAGGAAGACUCGCCUUGCUCCGGUAGAUACGAUGGGAUGCGAGAGUCUAGCAGAAGAAACGAGGUCCCCUCGAGACAGAAGACUGCAGACGCUCAUUGCUUUGAUGUUGAGCAGUCAGACGAAGGAUACCGUCACCGCCGUCGCCAUGAAGAAUCUACAAGAUGGUCUAGAGGGCGGCUUCAAUUUGGAGGCUCUACUGGAAGUCGAUUCCCCAACGCUAAACUCGAUGAUCAACAAGGUCGGCUUUCACAACAAUAAAACCAAGUUCAUAAAGCAGGUAGCCGAGAUUCUGCGAGACAAAUUCAAUGGCGAUAUUCCAGACACUAUCGAAGGAUUGGUUUCGCUUCCAGGAGUUGGACCAAAGAUGGCAUAUUUGUGCAUGUCGUCAGCUUGGGGUAGGGACGAAGGCAUUGGUGUUGAUGUUCACGUGCACCGUAUCACAAACCUAUGGGGUUGGCACAAGACAAGCACGCCUGAGCAGACCCGGGAAGCAUUAGAGUCAUGGUUGCCAAAAGAAAAGUGGCACGAUAUCAAUCACUUGCUCGUGGGUUUUGGACAGACGUUCUGCCCACCUGUCGGACGCGAUUGCAGUCAAUGCGAGUUGGGAGUAAAGAGGCUUUGUCCAGGAAGAACUGCAGGCAGUCCAAAGAAGAAGAGGGUCAAGCAGGAGAUUGAAAUUAAAGUGGAAGGGAACGAGGCUGUGGAUCAGAAGAAGACUGUCGUGGAAGCUGACGAUGCUGCUGCUACCGUAAAGAUCAAGUCAGAGGAUGUAGGCGAGGUUCAGACUUCUGCGAGAAUACCUGAUAUUGAGGACAUCGCUGGGGAUGUUGCUACAUAG